CCCAUCACAGUUUCCAAAUCCUACUAUCAUCGCCAACUUCAGGCUUCCAAGGCUACCACAUUCUCUUCUGGGUUAAAUGAAACUCCAGAAGGAGCCCAUUCUCCAAAUCUUAACUUCUGCACGGCUGAAGAACGCACCAGUUGUCUUGCAAUUGGUUCUUCUCGUGCCUUGGAUAUCUCUCCUCUUCCCAUUGAUACUGGCAGCACUUGUGUGUUGCAUUCUGCCCCUGGAAACGUUACCGUUUGUAUUGCAGAAAGUCAAAGUGUCAGGUGUCCACCUGAAACAAAGAAUACCCUGGAUCCUGAUGGUAUGCGUCAUUCGGUUCUUGAUGCUGGCCUCGUAUCUUUGACUCAUGAUGAUGCUUCGCCUCAUCAAUUGCCACUGCCUUCUUCUUCCUCAUCUGCCUCUAGCGCUGCUUCCUCUACUUCUAUCUCACCAACCAUCCCAUCAGGUGGGUUAUUAUAG